AUGGUUGAAACUGCUUUUAAUGCUGAAGGGACUAUUGAGACCGAAGAAAUAACGAACCCUACUGUUGGUGAUGACAAUAGUACCGUAACUACAACAAAGACUGCAAACUCUGACAAGCUCACGCUUGAAGAUAUGUUUAACGAAGAUGAAUACAACGAAGAAUCUGAUCAAGAUUGGGCUUCAGGCGACGAAGGCAGUGAAAGUGAUAGUCAUGACAGUGUUGAAGAAGAGUUGCUGGAACACCGUGCUUUUCAAAUACCACAACCGUUGAAUACAACAGCAACAAUAGGCGCAGACGCUGAUAAUGAUGUGGAUGUUGACGGAAAUGAUGAUGAUGAAGCUAUGUAUAAGCUCCCUUGGGAGCCAUUCACUGAUCAAGAAAUGGAAAACAUAAGAGAGGAGGCCAAAGAAAAAGGACUAAUGAAGUUUAUUGAAAAAUACGUUGUUCAAAAUGAGACACCUGUUCCAAAACUAUUGGAAGCAUUCAAUAUUUUCAUGCACCCUCAGGCAGCCAUACUGGCGUCAGACAAAGAAUUACUUCCUAUAUUGAAAAGCAUUGUUACUCGUUAUCUGCGUAAAAGAAGUAGAUUACAAACCGUCAACACGUUGGAAGACGUAGCUAACUUACUCAGCAAGGCCAACAAUAUCAUGAUUGUCACUGGUGCAGGUGUUUCUGUUUCCUGUGGUAUUCCCGAUUUUCGAUCCGAAACAGGAAUCUAUUCUCGACUUCAAGAAUAUGAACUAGAUGAUCCUCAACAAAUGUUUGAUAUUGAUUACUUCAGGGUAGCACCAGAAAUAUUUUAUUCUUUUGCUAAAGAGCUAUACCCUUCAAAUUACGAGCCCAGCCCUAGUCAUCAUUUUGUCAAAUUAAUUGAAGAGAAAGGGAAACUGCUAAGGAAUUAUACUCAGAAUAUCGAUACGCUUGAGCACAAAGCCAAUAUAAAGCGCGUGGUCAAUUGUCACGGUAGUUUUGCUACAGCGAGUUGUGUUACUUGUGGUUAUAAAGUAGAUGGUAAAGAAAUUGAAGAGUAUAUUAUGAAACAGCAGAUACCACCUUGUCCUCGAUGUGCUGAGGCAGCAGAAAAAAGCAACAUAUCAAAUAAUACCAGUCAUAAAAAUAAAGGCAAUGAUAGUUCAGAAGAUGAUGAUGACAAAGAACAUUCAUAUAGAAAAAGAGGCGUUUCUAUCAUGAAGCCAGAUAUCACCUUCUUUGGUGAACAACUUCCAGCAGAGUUCGAUAAUUUACUUGCGAUAGAUACAGAAAAAGUAGAUUUAUUAAUAGUGAUGGGAUCUUCACUUAAAGUGUCGCCUGUUUCGGAGAUUAUGUCGCAGAUGCCGCAUAGCGUACCCCAGAUCUUAGUAAAUCGUACACCUAUCACCCAUAUGACAUUUGAUAUCCAGCUUCUAGGAGAUUCCGAUGUGAUCGUGCCUGAACUGUGCCGUAUGUUGAAAUGGGAUCUAAAACAUCCAAAACUUCCUGGAGGCAGUGCUCUAAGUACAGAGAGCUAUAAACUGAGUCGUGAAGGUGACGGGGAUGAAGUCGAAGUAACUGACUCUUUCAAUGAAAAGCAUAAAGAAAGAAAGAUUUGGAAGUAUAUCAAAGAUGGAUUAUACACUUUUCCAGGUGCAGUAUUGGAUCCGAAGUACAUUAGCAAAGAAAGAUAUGACGAACGGGGAAGCCUUGGUUCAGAAGAUGACAAUAGCAUUGAUAAUAGCAUUGAUGAAGAAGAAGCAACAGCGAAUGAAGUGCUGGGUGUAGCUAAUUCUGAUAAUGUUAAUGAUAGAAAUGGGGAAUGA